CGAGAGGAGACUCCGGAGGCGUUCCCGGUGUGAUCCGACUCGGGCGGGGACCGCGACACGGCGGUGGUGAGGGUGGGCUUUUCCGGGGACGAUGCCCUCCGCCUUCUCAGUCAGCUCUUUCCCCGUCAGUAUUCCUGCCGUGAUCACGGUUGCCAGAAAGCUUGGAGAAAAUACAAUCGGGGAAUUGGGACGCCUCCGAUCUCCCAAGCCCCGAAGUCAGACAGACUGGACUGAGCCGUGGCUCCUGGGACUGGCCGUCUUCCACGUGCUGUGCCUGCUGCUCACAUGUCUGUCCUCCCAGAGGCACGGACUGCAGGUCGGACACUUCCUGUGCUUGGUGAUUCUGGUGUAUUGUGCUGAGUAUAUCAACGAAGUCGCGGCCAUGAACUGGAGGUUAUUUUCGAAGUACCAGUAUUUUGACUCACGGGGGAUGUUCAUUUCCAUAGUGUUCUCGGUGCCGCUUCUGCUCAACGCCGUGAUCAUCGUGGUGAUGUGGGUCCGGAAGACUUUGGAUGUGAUGACUGACCUGAAAACCCUGCAGGAGAAGAGAAGAGGAAGGAAAAGGAAAGGAGAGUGACGCGGGAGGUCAUGUUGGUUUUCUUGGGGGCACCGGGUUUCCUCCGCAUCGUCGUCGGGGGCCUCCCUGUCGGUGCCCCGCACGUCUGCACGGAGGGUCCACGCCCCAGAGCACACCUUGCUUUGCCCUUUAAAUAAACGUGGCCAACACAGCCGUCCGUG